CCGCGCGUUAAUAACGUUAGUCUUCCGCCAUCUUGUUGGAGUUUGGCCAUCUAAACUUUCAUCAUGGCAAGUUUAUUGAGGAUGGGUGCUCUCCCUCGACUUUACGCUAGAAUUGCUUGUAGGCAAAUCCAGACGUCGGCUGCACGGAGAUAUGAGCCUGUUCCAACGGUUAGACGGGAGUAUGGGUCUGAAUUAGCAGCCCUGCAAGCCAAGGAGAAGGGUCCGUGGACCGAGCUUACAAAAGAAGAAAAAAUAGAUUUAUACAGAGCCCAGUUUGUAAAAACCAUUGCAGAGGAAAAAGUUCAAGAACCAUAUAUGAAGAAGAUGAUUGGAAUGCUUGCUUUAUUUUUGGCUGUAUCAGUUGGUUUGUUUUCAUUUCUCAGGAAGUAUGUUGGUCCAGAGAAGCCCCGCACACUCACUCCUGAGUGGCAAGCUGAAGCUGUCAAGUUGGCAAAGAAACGGAGGUCAAACCCCAUCAGUGGAAUAGGCUCCAAGCAGUAAACAUUUACAGUGUUGUUUCAUGCUCAACUUUGUUCUAAGCCUGCUUUAGUUUGUGGUAAUUUUACGAAUUUCGAAAUACCUUUGUUUGACUGUAUGCUCAGCUAAUUAUGUGUAAAUAAAGGACGUAGUAAUAAAGCAUUGCUGCACUUUUAAUUGU